AUGGGCGCUUGGGACGGAAGAGCUCCUCUCAUGGUUGACUUUCUCAAGGCCCAAGAGGUUCAAGACCCUCUUAUUCUCGACACAAGCUGGUUGUACGUUGGCCAUGUUGACGAGUUUCUCCAAUUUUUGCCUGCCUGCAAUGAGCGUGGAUGGAUCCUUAUGGUCGCAGAUCCGCUCAAGGGCCUUGAUCUACUGAGGAAGGCGUCCAAGGCUGGUCAUGGAAAUGUCAAGGCUGUUUCCCGUUCGCUUCGAGUGGAGGAGAAGAAGCAGGAGCUGUGUCUUCCAGCGCAGACUAUUCAAGAGGCCCUCAAGUUCAAGGACUUUGACGCCAUCCAGAAGAACUCAGCUCAGCGCAUUGAAGCCAAUCUCAACAUCCUCAAACGAGAAACUGGGAUCACGGACAAGGACAUCUUCCGAGUUCCCAUGCUAUUCUACUAUGCUGAGUCGGACAGCUGGUUGUGCCCUGGCUAG